AUGUUCCAAAUGCCAGCAUCGAACGCAGCAAGUCCAUGGGCGCCGGUCAACGUAGCCGGAGACUCGGGUCCGGACUCAACCCCAGGAAAUGACUUCACUGCUCAGACUCACUAUGCCACCGAGCUCGCAACGCGAAAUCUGGCCGACUUCCUUGACCGGGAAGAAACGGGAUAUCAGGAAUUCCUGCCAAGCGGCCGGCUAUACUUUAUCGGUACCGAGUUCUCAAACCUGAACUAUCUCGUUCGGCAGCGAUCUCAACGGCCCGAUCAGCAUGUUCUACAUUUCGGGAGUCAUCCCCUCGCCCCAAAGAUGUCUUCAGUGCCACCCGAGGCAUUAGAGCUUCCCAUCAAGGCCUUGGCUGAUGAACUCGUCCAAGCGUACUUUCUGCACAUCAAUCGUGGUAUUCCCAUUGUCGACGAAGAAUUCUUCAUGAAGAAGUAUAACAACACCGAGACCAAUGAAGACUUUGCCAGGACACGGCCAUUGUCUUUGCUUUUGCUGAACGCCAUCCUACUCGUCGGAGCCCAUGUCUUGUCCAAUCAGCGCGAUGAGCUGAAGGCUAUGAAAGCAGUCUUCUUCAAGCGAGCAAAAGCUUUGUUCGACUGUCGUUUUGAGCAACAUCGUGAAAUCUAUUUACAGGCCGCUAUCCUUCUGACCUGGCAAUGCGACGACCUUGAAGAUGUCAUUUCGAACUCGUGGCACUGGAUCGGGAUCGCUGCUCGAACGGCGUAUGGAAUGGGUAUGCAUCGAGACGCUACACCAUCGAGUUUGAACGUUAUGGACAAACGUCUAUGGCUGAGGUUAUGGUGGACUUUGUAUCAAUAUGAUGUCUUGGUGUCCAUGGCGCAUGGUCGACCUCAAGCCAUCCUGGAGGAUUCCGACGUACCACUCAUCGAAGAACGUCAUCUCGAAGACACACCGGAAGCCGAGGCGUCCUUCAUAGUUCAGCAUACCCAACUGUGCAUUAUUUUCGCAAAGGUCAUGAAGAAACGAGUAGCUCUCCGCUGUAAAGAAGAGGACAAGGUCACGGCCACAAAAGAUGCCGACGCCGCCCUUGCUGAGCUGGUCACCAACCUACCUGAACGACUGCAGUUGUCCUCAAGGGAUCCAGACAUAUGGCAGUCAAUGUUCCACAUCACCUACAACAGCUUUCUCAUUCUUCUUCAUCGGCCACCCCCUCGCGCACUACCGGGUCCCUCUUCAGUAGAGGCAGGCAACGACUUGAGCAUAUGUUCCGAUGCAGCGGCUACAAUCGCGUCCAUCUUUGAGUCGUUGCGGAAGCGGGACAUGUUGGCCGGCUUAUGGCUUCCAAGCCUUCACAUGCUCUUCACAGCUCUAGUGCAUACAUCAAGCCAGAUGCACUCCAGCAACCCGAUCGUCGCAGCCAAGUCGAAGCGUCAUUCAGAGUCCAUGAUACAGACACUGCACGCAAUGAAAUCUCAGUGGUUAUACGCACAGAGUCUGUUGAACCUAUUCGAACCCAAACAAUUUAGAGGCCGCGGCGGUAUCCAGCAGUCCACCCAGCUGGGCCCUACGAGCAUCCGGGUAGGCGGUGAUGGAGAACAGGACCAUCACCAAAUCAGCAGCUCAAGGAUCUCGCUGCCUUCCGACAUUCUCAGAUUUGACGAUAGGAAUUUUGCUGGACCGUCAGCAUCUGUAGGGGAGGCUCAUCCAGGGCGCCCUUUCAUUUCUAGUUCGACUUAUGCUUCGCAAAACACGAAUACAACGCACGAGCAUGGCCUCGCUAGAAAUCCGGUGGAGCAGUAUGCGGCGGCUGUAGUCGGGAACAUGUCUCAAGACGGCCAGCAUUACGGAACCGGCUUUGUGGGGGACGACAUGGGCCUUACUGAUGCUGAUACCAUGGAUAUGUUGCAGUUGCCAUCGGCCCUGGAGUUUCUGCUGGCCGGUGCUGGCAACAACUUUGACUUCUAA